GGCACGGGUCUGCCUGGAAAGAAUUCGACCACUCAAGCCUUCCAGUCGAAGUAGCAGAGAGUUGUCUGCAAAGACUUCAGGACUCUGGCCAAGAAGUGACAUUCAAGGUGGAGGUAAGAAUGACUUCUGGGAUCCUCACAUCUGGGUUCCAGAAAUCACUGACAUUCCAAGAUGUGGCUGUGGACUUCACCUGGGAGGAAUGGGGGCUGUUGGAGCCAGCUCAGAAGGAUCUGUUCAGGGACGUGAUGCUGGAGAACUAUGAGAACUUUGUGUCCCUGGGGCUUACUGAAUCCAAAGCAGCUGUGAUUUCCCAGUUGGAGAGAAGAGAAUCACUGGAGUUGCCAGAUGGAAGAGUCCCAGGAAGCAUUUUCGUAGAUUUUCUUCAUGAAUGUAAUAUACUUGGAAGACUUCAUCCUGGAGAGAAACCAUUUGAAUGUAAUCAGUGUGGAAAAACUUAUUGCAGCAAGCAGUAUUUAACUGAACAUCAAAGAAUUCAUACUGGCGAGAAACCUUAUAAAUGUAAAGAAUGUGGGACAGCCUUUAGUCAGAAGAGACACCUUAAAAUACAUACUAUAACUCAUACUGGAAAGAAACCUUUUGAAUGUAAUCAAUGUGGGAAAGCUUAUUGCAGCAAACAAUACUUAACUGAACAUCAAAGAAUUCAUACUGGAGAGAAACCCUAUAAAUGUACUAAAUGUGGGGACACCUUCAAUCGUAAACACUCCCUAGGCCAACAUGAAAAAAUUCAUACUGGAGAAAAACCCUACAAAUGUAAUGAAUGUGGGAAAGCCUUUGGUCAGACAAGACACCUUAAAAUGCAUAAGAUAACUCAUACUGGAAAGAAUCCCUUUGAAUGUAAUGAAUGUGGGAGAGCUUAUUGCAGUAAACAAUAUCUAACUGAACAUCAAAGAAUUCAUACUGGAGAGAAACCCUAUAAAUGUAAUGAAUGUGGGAAAGCCUUCAACCGGAAACAUUCUCUAGGCCAACAUGAAAAAAUGCAUACUGGAGAGAAACCCUACAAAUGUAAUGAAUGUGGGAAAGCCUACAGUCAAAAGAGACACCUUAAAAUACACAAGAUAAUUCAUACUGGGAAAAAGCCCUUUAAAUGUAAUGAAUGUGGGAAAGCUUACUGCAGGAAACAAUAUCUAAUAGAACAUCAAAGAAUUCAUACGGGAGAGAAACCUUAUAACUGUCAUGAAUGUGGGAAAGCCUUCAGCUCUAAGGCAAAUUUUUAUGUACAUAAGCGAAUCCACAGUGGAGAGAAACCCUACAUAUGUAAUGAAUGUGGCAAAGACUUUACACAGCAAGGACAACUUAAAAUGCAUAAGAUAUUUCAUACUGGAAAGAAGCCCUUUGAAUGUAAUGAAUGUGGAAAAGCCUUCUACACCAAUUCUGGCCUUAAAGAACAUAAACUAAUUCAUUCUGGAGAGAAACCUUUUGAGUGUAUUGACUGUGGGAAAGGCUUCAGCAGUAAUCAAAACCUAUCCCGACAUCAAAGAAUUCAUACUGGAGAAAAACCAUUUGAAUGUAGUGAAUGUGGAAAAGCUUUCAGCAGUAACCAAUGUCUAAUUGAACAUCAAACAAUUCAUACUGGAGAGAGACCCUAUAAAUGUAAUGAAUGUGAGAAAGCCUUUAGCUGUAAGGGAAACCUUUAUGUACAUAAGAGAAUUCACAGUGGAGAGAAACCCUACAUGUGUAAUGAGUGUGGGAAAGCUUUCAGCAAUAAACAGUACUUGGGCCAACAUAAAAAAAUUCAUACUGGAGAGACUCCCUAUAAAUGUAAUGAAUGUGGGAAAACCUUCUGCCACAAUUCACACCUUAAUAGACAUAAAAUAAUUCAUACUAGAGAAAAACCAUUUGAAUGUAAUGAAUGUGGGAAAGGCUUCAGGCAGAGCUCAUCCCUAAUGCAGCAUCAAAGAAUUCAUACUGGAGAGAAACCUUACAAAUGUAACGAGUGUGGAAAAACCUUCAGCAGUAAUAAUUAUCUGUUUCAACAUCAAAGAAUCCAUACUGGAGAGAAGCCUUAUAAAUGUAAUGAAUGUGGGAAAGCUUUCUGCACUAAUUCACGACUUAAAGCACAUAAGGUAAUUCAUCCUGGAGAGAGACCCUUUGAAUGUAAUGAAUGUGGGAAAGGCUUCAGGUUCAGCUCAGGUCUUACGCAACAUAAGAGAAGUCAUACUGGAGAGAAACCUUAUAAAUGUAAUGAGUGUGGGAAAGGCUUUAAGCAGAGCUCAUACCUUAUGCAACAUGAGAGAAUUCAUACUGGAGAGAAACCCUAUGAAUGUAAUGAAUGUGGGAAAGCAUUUAGCAGGAAGGGAAAUCUCAAUACACAUAAGAGAAUUCAUACUGGAGUGAAACCGUAUUCAUGUAAUGAAUGUGGGAAAGCCUUCAGGCAUAAGGGAAACCUUAAUAUACAUAAGAAAAUUUAUACUGAAGAGAAAACGUUUGAGUGCAAUGAAGGUAGAAGAAAUUAAUUGUAGGUUAAACUUGCCAACAUAUGAAAAAAUUCAGAGUACAUAGAAAUCCUUUAGAUAUAAGGAAUUUGGGGAAACCAUCUUGUGAAACUCAACUUUUAAGAAACAUGAAAUUCAUACUAGCAGAAUCCCUAUGACUAAUAAAUGUGAGAAAGCCUUCAGCUGGAAAGAAAACCUUAAACCACAUAAGAAAACAUUCUUGAGAGAAAAUUUUUGUUGUAAUGAAUGUGGGAAAGCUUUCAAAUGGUGUGGAACCCUUGGGAAACACAAUAUAAUCCAGUAAAGAAAUACUUUUAAUGUAAGGAAUAUGUAAGAAGCUUCUUGAGAAGGCAGAACUCAUUAUGCAAUAGAGCUUUCAUAAUGAUUAUCGUAAUUUCAUUUUGACAAAUGUGGGACCAUAAAAGACUUUGUAUUGGAGAGAAACCCCUUGAAUAUAAUGAAUAUGGGAAAGUCUUUAGGAUGAGGCAAAUCUUUGCUAACAAUAAAAGUAUCCUCAAAUGUAGAGAAUUAAAAAAAUGUAU